AUGAACAAUCAAAACAAACCAAAGAAAACAUUCAUGUAUACACCUUCCAUUCAAUUAUCUUCGGAUGAUGAAGAUGAUGAAUUUUAUCACCAAAUUGUACAAUCAUCAAAGAGACCACCACCACCACCACCACCACCACCAUUGAAUCGUGAUCGUGACAACAAGCCUUGUAAUGAUGACGAUCGUCAAAAUCAUCAUUCUUUGAAACUCUAUUCGAUCAUCAAUUCCGAUGAUGAUGAGCAAGAUUCUUGUCGUCAUUUUGAUGAAAAUCCAUCAUCAUCCAAUAAUAAUAAUAAUAGUACCAAACAAUUUGUUAAUGUUCCACUUUCGCAUGGUUUGAAUUGUUUAUUUCCAUUCAAUCCCUAUCCAUCACAAAUUGAAUUUAUGAAUCGAAUCAUAUACACGUUGUUGAAUCAUGAUGGUAGUGGUGAUGAUGAAAAGGGAAUGUCUCAUGCCAUUCUAGAGAGUCCAACCGGUACAGGUAAAACUUUGAGUUUAUUAUGUGCAACCUUAUGUUGGCAGCAACACCUUAAAGCCACAAUGAUCCAAAAAUGGAAAGAAAAACAUUCUCAUAUUUCACAUCAUGAAAACUCUUUGGAUGCAACAACAACACUAAGUAUACCAUCCUAUGGACAUCUCUCAUCCUCAUCAUUAUCAGAUCAAUCACAGAGAAUGGCCACUUUGAAUCAUUCAUUUCAGACUCAUACCAUGAAUGAUCACACAAGCAGCAGCAAUACGAUGAAUCUUGUCUUGUUUGAUUCUUCCUCAUCACCACUCAAGAAGAGAUCUGUCAUGACAUUGCAGAGUGGUUCUUCCUCUUCUGAAAAUGAACAAGCAGUAGUACUUGUAGAAGAUCAUGUCCUACUAGUAGGACUUCCAAAGAAACAAAAGCUCGAGUAUACAAUUCACAGCACCAAUGGCAAUAUCAAUACUUGUAAUAGUACUAUGAAUACCAAAACUGGUAAUGCCAAUACUACUAAUAUCAAUACUAAUACUAGUGGUAUCAAUAGCAAUAUCAAUACUAGUAAUAGCAAUACCACUCCUUCCUCAGACUUUCAUCAAAUUUCUAAAAUUUUACUUUAUUUACAAAAAGGAUUUAAUCACAAGGCAGAACGUGAAAUUCUAAAAUCCAAUCCAUUACCAAAAAUUAUCUAUUGUUGUAGAACUCAUUCACAAAUCAAACAGGUGGUUAAAGAACUUCGAAAGACAGCUUACACUCCUAAAAUGACCAUAUUAGGAAGUAAGCAACAAUAUUGUAUCAAUCCAAUGGUGAAUAAUAACACUCGAAUCAAUUCAACCAAUAACAAUAACAACACUCGUUCGACACGAGAUGUUCAAACGGAAUGUCAAAAAUUAAUUGAUGCUUCUAAUUGUUAUUAUUAUAAGAACUUGCAUGCACUUGUUAAGAGUUCUAAUUAUUCUCCACAUUCUAAACAUUUAAUUUAUGAUAUUGAAGAUUUAAUUAAGGAAGGAAAAAGAAUGAAAAGUUGUCCAUAUUUUGCAUCUAAAGAAUUUCUACUCGAUCCAGAAAUUGAAUUCAUUUUGUGUCCUUACAAUUACAUUCUAUCACCCAUCACAAGAGAGAUCAUGUCCAUCAAUGUUCAAAAUUGUGUGUGUAUUUUUGAUGAAGCUCACAACUUGGAAGAUGCAUGUCGAGAGGCUACUUCAUUGACUCUGAGUGACUAUGAACUUGAACAUGUGUGUCUCAAUGAAUUGAAUUCCAUUCUCACAACAACAACCACAACAUGGACAAAGUCUACGAGGGCUGGUAAUGGCACUACUACUACUACUAAUACUACUAAUACUAAUAAUACUAAUAAUACUACUACUACUCAUCAUGAUGAAAAACCUUUGAUUCAUGGAGGAGAAGAAGAACAUCAUUCUUCAAUGAACAGAAUUCAAUACAAGUAUCACAAAACACUUCAUGAUUUUAUUCUAAGAAUUUUAAAUUGGAUGAACACUCAACAAUUAACACCUCUUUCCAAUCAUGAGGGUGAUGAUGAUUCUAUUGAAGGUAAAAUUAUUAAGGAAAAACAUGGAAUCAUGAAUGAAUGGAUGGAACCUAUUUUUGGUCAUGUCUCGAUUCCAUAUCAUGAUCAUUUAAAACAAAUCAAACAUGCACUGUAUCAUGUAAAAUCAUCGAGUCCAAUCAAGAAACAAACCAAUGGAACGAUUCAUUUGACACUCUCUCAACGAUGUAUUAAUAUAUUGCACGAAUUGGUGACCAUCUUUGAUUUAAUGUUAAGAGAUGAUUACAAAUUCAUGCAAGAUUAUGCAAUUGUCUUGAUCAAGAAAGCUGUAAAUCAUUCCAUAAGAAGAGGUUCUACAAAUAUGGCAACUAGUAGUACUACUACUACGACUCUUCGUACCAAAACCACCACCACCACUCCAACAAAUCACUGCUCUCAUGCAACAACAAUUUCAUCACCAUUUUCUAUUGAAUUUCAAAUUAAUUUUUGGUGUCUUUCACCUCGGGUUGCCUUUGAAGAAUUGAAACUCUUCUCCAAAUGUACAGUAUUAGCAUCAGGUACUUUGAGUCCUCUUGAUACAUUUUCCUAUGAAUUGAAUACUCCAUUUACAACCAUCUAUGAGGCAGAACAUGUCAUUGAACAAGAUCAAGUAUGGGUUGGAACAUUGGGACAAUCGAAUGAAGUGAGUUUGAAUGCAAACUAUUCCAAUAGUUCUACACCACAGUAUCAAGAUGAAUUAGGAAGAAUUAUUUUAUCUAUUUGUCGUCAAGAAGAAGAGAAUUCCACAUUCAUGAAUGGCGGAGGAAUUCUUGUCUUUUUUCCUUCCUAUUCAUUCAUGCAGAAAAUUUUAAAGAGAUGGAAACAAAGCAAUACCACUGCUACCAAUACCACUGCUACGAAUACCACCACUGAAUCAUGCUCACAAAACUCCUGCUCACUUUUGAAACAAAUGGAACAAUACAAGGAUGUAUUCUUUGAAGAAAAGGGAGCCAAUAUUGAAGAGACCAUUCAAAAGUAUUAUGCAAGUGUUUCUGAAUAUAAGAAGAAGAAUACUAUCACUACUACUACUGCCACGAAUUCCACUACUACCAAUACUACUACCAAUACUACUACCAAUACUACUGGUAAGAAUAAUCAUCCUCCCAAAAAGAAUGGUGCUCUCUUUAUGGCUGUGUGUCGAGGCAAGGUAUCUGAAGGUAUUGAUUUUUCCAAUGACAAGUGUCGAAUGGUGAUCUGUAUUGGUAUUCCAUAUCCAAAUGUGAGGGAUUUAAAAGUGUCUCUCAAAAGAGAAUAUAACGAUCAAAAGCAGCAAAUGUAUUCUUCCACUAGUCAGAAUCAUACUGGUGGUAGUGGUAAUAAUGGUGGUCAGAGUGGUGGUGAUGGCUUGUAUAGUAUUGGUCAUAGUAGAAUAAGUAAUUACAAUAUGACAUCAGGUGAACAUUGGUAUACAAGUCAAGCCUUUAGAGCCUUAAAUCAAGCUGUUGGUCGAUGUAUUCGUCACAAGAAUGAUUAUGGAGCUAUUUUAUUGAUUGAUGAAAGAUUUCAAAAUAAGAAUAGUGCCAAGACUGUGAAUGCAUUCUCAAAGUGGAUUCGAACAAGACUUGUGAAUUAUCCAUCUCUUCAAAGUUCAUUGAAAUCUCUGAAUGAAUUUUUUAGAAAGUGGAAUCAUUAUGGAAAGAGUGAUCAUGAAAGUGGUGGUGGUCAGAGUGAUGGUCAGAGUGGUGGUUUGGGUACGAGUGGUGGUCAGAGUGGUAGUGGUGGUAGUGGUGAUGGUACAACAAGUAAGAUUUCAACAACUAGUGCUACCAGUGGUGGUAAGGAUAGUAGUGUUCUUGUUGUGUCUGGUGGUGGUAGUAGUACAAGUCAUCAUUGGGUAAAAGCAGCAGCACCACCAUUGUUGAAUGAUCGCCAUGGCAGUAGUGAUCAACGACUGUUGCUGCACCACAAAGAAGAAGAUGGUAUUGUUCAACAUCAACAACAUGACUUGUCUUGUGCUUCUUCUCAAACGAUCAAUAAGAAGAAGGGUUCUGAAAAUUUUAAUUCUUCAAGUGAAUCCUUAGAAAUGCUCAGUGAUGAUAGUUGUCAUGAUGAUGACAUUAAAAAACAGAGACUGACUGAUAGUGAUGAUGAUGAUGAAACCAUGUUACAAAUUCCAUUCACAACAGCCACAACUACUACCACUCUCAAAUCAUCAUUGAUGAAUACAUAUAUUCAAGAUGAUGCAACAACAAGUCAUCAUUCUAGGAUCAAUUCAACAACAAGUCAUCUUGAGAUUUGUUGUACUUCAUGUCAGAGUACACUACUCUUUUCCAAUCAAGGUCAAAGGAUUGCAUUACAACCAAAUUUAACUCUUCUAAAAAGUAUUCUCUCAUCCUUUGAGAAUGUAUUUCAUCAACAUGAAGUAUUGAGAAUUGAUUCCAAAUUCACUCAUUCAUGCACAUGCACUCAAACAUUUACUGAUGAACAACAGCAGAAUAGUCUGAGAUUAAUGACCAAAUCAUCCUCUCGACUCGAUCAACAACACUUUCCCAGUGAUCGUCUCCUCAACCUUGAUGAACAAAAUUUCUUCAAGUUCCAAUUUCAUCAACAACUCUAUUCCAUACCAAUGAAGGAUCACACAGCAAAAUCUCAAACAGACAACAAGAUGAUCACACACUUUUCUGAAAGUGAUGGAGUCGUGUAUAGUCUCUUGUUUUGUAAGAAUUGUUCGUUUGUGAGUGGAGUUAAAAUUAUUGCUACUGAUCAAGUCCAUCAGAAUGAAAUGAAUUCUGUCAUUCUGUUCUUACCAAUUCUGAGUUCUUAUGACAAUAUGAAGAAACGUUCACACCCAACCAUCCCCAGAACACAACCCUCACCACUACCAUCACCACCACAAACAACUCUUCACAAAGCACCGCCUGAUGUGGUGGUGGUAAGUUCUGACGAUGAAGAACAAGAAACCCAAGUUCUAUAA